AUGUCGCGGUUUGAUCAUAAUAGAAAUUGGAUGUUGCCGUUAAGUAGCCAGUCAUCCACUUUGUCUAGACAAUUACCUCAACCUGACUCGGCCAAACGUUUUCUCAAAAGAGCAAAGCCAACAUGUGGUCCAGUAUCGUUUCCUGACUACAGUUGUGAAGGACCUACUACGUCUUUGGCAAUAUUAAACAGAUUUGAAGGUCCGAAGACUUCAAAGCCACAAGAAAUAAUAUUUGGACAACUACCGCCACAAAUUCCAAGGUCAUCUUAUGAAUUAGAAAGAACACCAUGGAAACACAAAGUAGGUCUUGAUAUUAUAAGGACAUUUAAGAAAGAUGUAACAACUUGGAAGUCCAUGUUACUUCCACGAUCAAAUUAUGGUAAGUUCGUCGGUACUUUAUUUGACUCUAUAUCAGAUAAAAACGAUUAUACAAUUUACGAAGAAACUCGGAGUAGUCAACCUUCAAAAAAACAAAUCGGUCAUUCACCACCACAAUCUCCACAUUUUCGAUCACAUCUUCUUAAUAAAGAAAACAUGCCAGCUUAUCCACCCGUUCUACAAAACAUACCAAUCAACAGUAACAUUAUGUUUCAAAACAACAAUGUGAUGGUUACUGGUAGACCGAAGAACCGAUACACGAUAAAGGGUCCGUUUCAAUAUGCGCUGAGUGAAGGUAUGACGUCACGAUACAUAAAACCUCAACUGGACUUGAAAUUCAGAGUGUCAGCUCAAUACAACCCGUAUCGUAAUUUACUAAUACCAACAUUAAGAGAUAUUAAGUACAAAUACAAUUUAGCCACAUUUUCUCAGCCACCAGUUUUAAAUGAGAAAAACCGUUAUCAAGGUCUUCGUAAUACAAAAACAGUAACAUCAAAACCCUUCACUAUUCAAAACAUAGGCACUGAAGUGUUAUCAACACAAAGGUAUUUGCCAAGUAGAGUUAAUUUCGUUACUAUAGCAACAGUGGCCUCUCAAGAUGAUAGUAAUAAUCAAAUGACAACAUCUGUAGUGAAGCAAUUUAAAACAGCAAACACAAAAAAUAAUUCUGCGAGAGCAUGGCCUAAAUAUAAAAUUCCAAGUAAAACUUCUGGUAAUUUGUCUUCAAGAGACCCAAUAUUUGAUGGUAUGAAGUUUCAGCAUACUUCUACCAAAGCUAGCAGCAGGUCAAAUCUAGAAGAAAACACGAGAGAUUAUAUAAUUAAUUUUCCUUAUACAUCACCAAAAUUGGAGACUGAUGAUUUCUCUAGAGGUGAAACAACUGUAAGUUUUUUAAAACAAGAGAAUUUACUACGACUUGGAAACUUUAAUAACAUAAAACAAAAACCUGUUGUCACUACAUCCCAAGAUGAAGUGGUUGCAAAUUCGUCACUAAAUAAAUUAUUAUCUGAUGAAUCGCAGACACGAUCGAACACCGUUAAUAGUGUGCUUAAUACUGGAACAACAAUAAAUAUAAAACAUGACAUUAGUAUGGAUAGUCCUGCAACAGAUAGUGACAAUAUAGCUGUUCUAAGAGAUGCUCCUGGCAGUACAUCAGCGCCACCUACGUUUUACAGAGAAUUUGGUAGCAAUACAACACAAAUUUGGAAUGUCAUUAAUCAGUCCAUGUCUUCACAGGAAACAACGUACUCUUAUAAUUCUAGUACAACAAUGAAAACGACCGAUAAUUAUACAGUUCCGGAUAUGUCAAAAAAUUUGUCUUUAAGUGUACCGGUGCAAACUAACACAUCACAAAGAACAAUGUGGGCAAAUAAUACUAUGGAACAGUGGGGACUUAAUAAAUCUGAUAGUAAUGUAGUUACAACACCUGUAGAUAAAUUACUACAGAGUAUGAUGCUUGGUUUGGCAGCAGGACAAUCAUCUGAAACCAAAUCUAAAGAUGGACCACAAAGAGACAUUUUCCCCCUUGAUCUCAUGCAAUAUGGAGUUACGUCUGAUGAUAUGGUUUUACCAUAA